UGUCAUUCCUUCAACAUGGACUCGGCAAGGCAAAAGAUUAUAGAUCGCAACGCCUUGUUUAAAGAGCAUGCCCCAACUAUCGAUAGUCUUAGGGAUGCUCUGCUACGCGAAAUGAAUCAACUCGUUGACGAGUUCUCUUUGAAUGAACAACAAGCCGCUUCUGUUGCUGCCUAUAUGAAUGACCGAGUUACGCUAUUUCGAUUCCUUUUGAGAAAUGCAUACAGCUUGCCGACCACGCUCUCUCUAGUACUGGGCAAUAUUCGAUGGAGAAUCAAACACAACAUCGACACUCUAGCCUACACAACCCUUCCUUCUCAACUUUUUGAAAACCCCUUUGUGUUUUUUCACAAACAAGACAAACUUCAACGACCGGUGCUUGUCAUUAAUGUGCAAUAUUUGCCAAAAUUUGAUAGCAAUGAGUUUGCCGAUCAACUUCGACCGUUUAUGAUUCUGAUCAUGGAAAUGGGUAGAAAAUUAACCCGAGAUAUUACCAAGGUUCGUGAAGAACGUGGAGAAGACCUUCCACUCGUUCAGGAUCUGGUUAUUAUCGUCAAUUUGGCCAACGCUGGACGAGUUCCUAUGGACAAACGAUUUGGUCAGAUUUUGAUUGAUUUGGUAUCGACCAAGUACCCUGCCAUGGUUGGCUCGGUGCAUGUAUUGAAUUUCGGAUGGAUGUAUCAGGGAAUAUGGCAAAUGAUCAAAUUGGUAAUGACAGAAAAUGCGCGACAAAAAGUCUCGUUCCCCAAAGCUGCUGAACUGGCCACUAUAGUAGAUAAAGAAGACAUUCUCAAAGACUUUGACGGGGCCGAUGACUAUGUAUGGUCUUUGGAAUCCGAUACGGUGUUACAGAAGUAUGGAACACCUUAUACAAAGGAAGACGCCGACGCAGAUGCUGUUGUACCCAGUAUACCAAGGUCUAUCUCAUCACGGCGAUCUUCUGUUAGCAGCGAUAUAUUUUACGAUGCUAUGAGUGACAUGAAUGAUGCCAAUUCGCUCAAUACACUGUCACGGUCAUUAUCUACCUUUAGUAUGUACGGUACACCUACUGGAGGGCGAACGCCUGCUUUGACGCCUGUGAGCAGCAGUUUAGCUUUGAGCAAAAUACCCAUUCCUCUUCAAUCUGCACGAGCAGUAGACUAUUCCAGCCUUGCAUAUUUAAAGAACUGGUUCAGUGUUGUUGCUAGUACGCUGAGCCAACCCAAGUCGUCCAAUCCCAGUAUUCCGGAUAUCACCCUCAAUGAUCAUUCCAGGGCAAUGCAAGCCUUUGAUCGUCAGCACCAUGAUGGGUUUGCUCCUCAUGAUGAUGAUGCCGAAUCGGAUGAUGGGCUAUAUUUAUCUCCAAGAACCUCAAAUGCGUUGUCACCGCCGCAGACACCCAUUCCAACUGGUUAUUCGGGAGGCGCUUCAACAAAGAGCGAAUUCAUACGAUACUGGUUGAUUUUCCAAAGCAAAUGCCGCAAGGGCCUUCACAAACUUACAAAACUCAUGUUCCGCUACCACAGUGCUCUCUAUUGGGUAUUGGUGUACCUUCUCCUUCGCGGUGGAGUUACUGAGCUCAUCAAUUACACAUUGCAAGCCACUGUGAAACUUAUUGCCGCCAAUGGUGGACUAGGAGAAGGCGCCGGGUUGCAUAAGCAACAAGGUGUUGUGUCGAGAAUAUUCUCGUCAUUAAUGGAGGAGUUUCCAGGACGAUUGGCAUUGUAAUUUUAUUUUAUAUACACAUACUCAUACAGUAAUCGACAUAUACCACGCGCGACUUUCUAUUAAAAAAUUCCAG